GGGAAUCCUGUCGGUCACGGCUCCAAAGAGAAAGGAAAAAUCUACGUCGAGCAUAGGCCGCUGCGGCGGGCUGAGAGAUACACGGCAAAGCUGGCACCGUGGGCACCGAGCUGGGAGGUGGGCGAGUCGCCCAGAGUGAGGGCGCCCCCCGACCCAAACGAUGGCUCCUGACCAAGCCCAGAGCUGCCCGUUCCAGCGCUCGAGGAGGGUGGUGGCAGAAGGAGGAAAGAGGCCAGGCCAGAGGCAAACUCCCGGGACACGCACGGGGCUUCCCGAGUCGCAGAGGGCGGGGAAGCCGGGCUUGGCAAUGCCCAGGGGUUGGAAACGGCGGUGCCAGGCUGUGAACACCCCCGGCGCCGUGCCGGCCGGACCGAGGGCGUCAGGGAGCUGCGGCGCACCGCAGCGACUCAAGGAGGCGCAGGCUGAGGGAAGGAACACUGAGGCGCGCCUAGAAAUAGCGCACCAUUUGCCCCAGCCCAAGGGGGAGUCGCGUCGCGGCUCACACGGGGCAGUUUCAGAUCCCACAACCGGCCACGGACUUACUUUGAGGAGCUGCAGGGUCACAAGCAUCGCCCCACGUCUGUGUAAAUCCCGGUGCCGGAGCAGGUCAGCCGCCGCUGUACUCGCAGACGCCGGCCGGAGGAACCGGCAAGGCUCGCUGCGCUCCACAGCGCCAGCUCCGUGCUGUCAGCUCCGCUCGCUACCUCCUCGGCGAUGUUGCAACCACUGCCUGGGAAAAUGGCUUUUUUAUGAAUGGGAGGGAAGGGAGCUCCAGUGCGCACGCGCCUCUUUCGCGAUUCUAUGAAUGGGUGGGCACAAGAGACCCCGAGCGCGCAUGCGCUGCGCUCCUUUUUUUAUGAAUGGGGGGCGGGAAAAGAUCUUAACCCGUGAUUGCUGGGACUGGCUCUAGCUCUACCAGGAGCCGUCGUUGUUUUACAAAGAGGGGUGGAGGUUCCAGUGGAGGUUGUUGUUGCUUUUUUUUUUUUUUUUUUUAAUGAAUGGAGGGCGGCGGCGACUGCUGCAGCUGGGCCAGCUGCGCGGGCUGCACCCCCUCCCAGCCUGCGAGAGGAGCUCAUUCCGGCCACUGAGAGAAGAAUGGACUGCAAGGACUACAAUGGGUCUGGGAACUGCCCAUCCCCACGCUGCCCCUUCAGUUCCUGGAGUGAUAAUGGAGCCCUGCUGUUCCUGGUUCCAGGGUGCUGCACCAUCCCUGUAGUUUCCCUACACUCUGCAAAGUGUGUCUAUGUUUGCAAAUAAUUUCUCAACUCUCCUCAAAUGACCACAUUUGCUCUGCUUGACUUUAUAGAGAAAUUAUAUCGGCUGGAUAAAGCGGAGGAAAGUUUAGCAGUCAUUUAACCUAACUCCUUUGUUUUGCUUGUUAUACAUGUGGAUUACUGGAUUUUGUUUCGUAGCAAGUUGGACAAGCUUUGUCUUUUCACUACAGAGCAGUCCAUUUCAGUUUGCUUGUAUUAAUAUGAGUAUUGUAAAUUAUUAAAUUAGUCAGAUUUCUUUCUAUCUUA